GGUACAUCCAGCUGAACUCACAUCUCCUCUCAACAUGGCCUACAGCUGCUGCUCUGGAAACUUCUCUUCCCGCUCCCUCGGGCACUGCCUGCCCUCCUCACGUGUCUCCUGUGGUUCUUCCUACCCCAGCAACCUGGUCUACACCACUACCAGCUGCUCUCCCAGCACCUGCCAGCUGGGAUCCUCUCUGAACACCAGCUGUCAGGAGACCUGCAUUGAGCCCAUCAGCUGCCAGAGGUCCUGUGUGGUGUCCAGCCCCUGCCAGAAGCCCUGCUACUACCCCAGGAGCUCCAUACCUUGCAGUCCCUGCCAGGGGACAUAUGCUGGGUCUCUGGGCUUUGGAUCCAGGAGCUGCCGUUCCCUGGGCUAUGGAUCUAGAAGCUGCUAUUCAGUGGGUUGUGGAACCAGUGGCUUCACUCUGAAUUGUGGAGUCUCUGGCUUCCCUUCCCUGGGUUAUGGGUACAGAUAUUGCUACCCAAGUUACUUGGUCUCUCGUUCCUGUCAACCUUGUUUCAGACCAAUCUGUGGAUCAGGCCUCUAUGGAAUCAGCUGUUAAUUCUUCAUGUUCACCUAUGUCAAAGUCCAUGCUCUAAAGCUGCUGUUUUCCUGCUUAAGCCCUACUGAUAUCAUAUCAUCUUUCCAUUAACAGCUUCUUUCUUCUCCAGAUUCCAGAAGAUUUUGAGAUCAGUGGGUCACCCGAAAUUAUGCCUUACUCUCUGUACUAUUGAUAUACACAGAUGCUAUUUGCUUUCUAUCCAAGAACAUUUGGAAAAUGAAAAUUUUCAUCUAAUAAAUUUGUGCAAUCUGA